AAUAAGUAGUGUAGCAUAGCAUAUUCUAUGGUACAAGGUCUAUGGAUAUAUUAAAGCCACACCAUUUAUAGCGUCUGUAACCCUGUAGUUCGUUAUUAUUGUUAUUAUUCAUUUAUUCCGUAGUUCGUACUUCGUAGUUCGUACUUGUAACUUGUUAUAGUACCUAAUUUAUUGUUUGCGUGGUUUUUACAUUAUAAUAUUUAAAGACUAUAAUCCAAAUACAUUGAGUUGUUUUUGUAGUUAUGUACCACGGUUUGUACCUGCUGUGUUGCACGCAUAUACAUUAUACACACGCAUGCUCUUAAGUUGAUUUUUUCUAAGUUUUCUUAACGUCGUUAUUCGACCACCGUCAGAAGUCGAUUGCCAAUAAUAUUGAACAUAAUUUUUCCUCGCGGGCUGUUAAUUGUUUCCUUAAAGAGUAGACAGUUCUAUUCUAUAGUACAUUUGGACCGGACGGCUAACCUAACGGGGAUAAUAUGUACGAACUACCUACCCUGGUGAAAACGGCGUACUACGCUUGUAACAAGAUCGAGCGUAACAAGUUCGACUUGCUGGAAGCACCGGACGUCGAUAUCCAAGAUUGCUGCGAGUCGCUGUUCGAAAUUUUAAAAAUCGACAAAAACCUAAACGAGGACAACGAUAGGCAGACCAUGUUCAGCAGAUCGCAGUUCUCCAUCAACGACCAGAGGUUUAAAAACAUAUGCGAAAAAGCAGCGGCGCACGGGCACAUCGAUUGCCUGAAACUUGCUCACGAAGUCGGCGUCCCUUGGGACAGUAUGCCAGGAUUGGACAGCCGUACGGCGUGUGACAUGGCUGCGGAAUCGGGUAAUUUAGAUUGUCUGAGGUACGCCGCGGAGAACGGGUGCACUUGGCAUAUGAAGACGUGCAGAGAAGCCGCUUAUAACGGUCACAUGGCGUGUCUGGUUUACGCACGAGAAACCGGGUAUUCGUGGGACAAGGAGAAUAUGUGCAGAGACGCCGCGGGCAACGGUCACAUGGAGUGUCUUGUCUAUGCACGGGAAAACGGCUGCCCCUGGGACGAGUGGACGUGUCAUAACGCCGCGAGCAACGGUCACAUGGAGUGUCUUGUCUAUGCACGGGAAAACGGCUGCCCCUGGAACGAGGAUACGUGUUCCUUAGCCGCCUUUUACGGUCACAUUGACUGUCUUGUAUACGCUCGGGAAAACGGCUGCCCCUGGGACAAGGAUACAUGCAGCGAAGCCGCUUAUACCGGUCAUAUGGACUGCCUUGUAUACGCACGGGAAAACGGCUGCCCCUGGGACGAGAGGACGUGCAGCAGCGCCGCUUCUAACGGUCAUAUGGACUGCCUUGUGUACGCAAGGGAAAACGGCUGCCCCUGGGACAAGAGGACGUGCAGCAGCGCCGCUUUUAACGGUCAUAUCGACUGCCUUGUGUAUGCACGGGAAAACGGCUGCCCCUGGGACAAGGACACGCGAAGGAAUGCCGCUGUGAACGGUCAUUUGAACUGCCUAAGUUACGCUCGAGAAAACGGGUGCCCCGAGAACUGAUUUAAUACUAUUUGGAGGA